UCAACAACAUAACAUUGGGUGUAAUUUAUUUAUACGCGGAAGUGCAUCGCAUAACUUAGGUGUUUAUUAAUGGCUAAUCAACAUAAAAUAAGCAACAUAAGAGUCGAGAACUAAACAGUUCUUCAAGUUCAUGUGUUAUAAAUUAAAUAACGGCAGUCCAAUGAUACAUGGAUCCCGGGGAGAGACCCUUUCCAUGCAAGAUAGACGGAUGCAGACUAAGCUUUACCACCGAAGAUCAUUUGAUCGUCCAUCGGCAGAAGCACGAUACUCUCCUGAAUUUGGAGUUGCCGAACAAGUCGAAUCUCUUUGCGGAUCAAACUCCGACACCGACGCGACUCAUCGGUAAGUGUGAAGAAGUGGGUCUCUUUGAAGACCUGCAAAAUGUGAAUCCAUUCGAAGAAACCUUCCGGAGGGCCGUCGAAGAGAAGAACGCAGGAUCUGCUGAGAAUUCAAGUGAGAAGAAUAUUACUGUUCUUGGCCCAGGAGCAGGGAAUGGAGAUGAAACCUUGCAUACACCUCAUGUGUUUCCCCUUCUCGAAAGACGUGACAGCCAUAAAUUGUCAAAGUUGAUCAUCUCGAGAUCCAAUUCUAAAAAAGACGAUGUUCCAAUUAAUAAGACCCUACACACAGGCCCGGUGGCUGAAAUACGACAAUCAUCAGUAUCAAAGCAGAAAGUGUUCAAAAAUGUCAGCAAUAAGAAGCCAGCUGUAAACAUACUACCCAAAAGUACUCAACCUGUGAUACUAAUUAACCGCGAGAGAGAUGAAGGGUUGUCGGUUUUUGAAACAUCUACCCCUCUGCAUCCAGUGAAAGCUAAACUUAAGAAGUACCUUGCCAGAAAUGGUCCUUUGGUAGCAGAUGAAGUACCGCCAUCUACAACAUGUACCAUAAACACAAAUAAGAGAGAAAUCUCUGUAGUACCCGAUGGCAAGCAAGUUCGAUCCACACCGGAAUCCGUGGAUCAGAAACAUGAACGAUGGAAAGCUGCUGCUAAAAGAUAUCGAACCCGGGUGAAGCAGAAUCAAAACACGCUCCAUCGCAAGAACCUUGAACUAAAGGAGGAAAACCUGCGUUUAAAGACCGAAUUGGCUCAGAUGAAAAGUGCUCUCUCACUACACGUGGAUUGCUCCGUGACUCGUGCUUUGGCGGCAUUCGCAACAGCAACUAGUGCAGGUGUUACUGCAGGUCCGUCUCAAGUGAUGUGUGUUCCGGUAGUCGGACAAAAUCAGCAGCAAAUGCGGGUCGUACCCAUGGAGGAAGCUGCAUCGUCGCAACAUGAUACUGUGGCUGCUACUGCUCCAGCAGUCAGCAAUAAAACUAAUCCAGUUUACAUAAUAUUGGGAGGGAUUAACACGGUGAUAAAUUCAGAAAAACCAAUUAAAAAUUGAUUUCUGAUCAAC